AUGCAUCACUUCAUCUACGUUCAGACCAUACUGGGUGCCUUGGCUUCGGCUGUCUCUGGUCGAGCCCUGAAUGUCAGCACGACCAAGCCUCCAGCCAAUGCCUCCAUCGUCCACUUCGAAUCCGCGGACUUAACAGGUGACUGGGCCGUCCAUGCGCCAUCCGACUUCCUCCAACUGUACCCUCAUCUCGAGUCUGAUCUCAGCAACUUCAAGACUACCCAGCGUGUCACUGCGGCCGGCGGAACUAACGGCGGCCUUCCUGGAGUUGACUACAACGCCAAUCAGCAGCGCUACUCGGCAACGCUCGUGAAUGGAUUGAAGCUCGUCGGUUACAUUGGAGGAAAUGCCGGUCAAUGGCAGAGAUUGUACUACGCAUGUCGUGACGGAGGUGGCGAGGAGAUUCCUUACAACACAUGUGUUGAAGACGUCGGAAACGAAGUCGCCGCUCUGACCGCCUUCGCACUUGCCAGCAGCAAUGUUGGCAAUCUCGCCGUUGUAGCCAUCCACAAAGCGUUUAUCAACUUGCGAACCUUUACCGCUGCCCAGGAUCAGCAAAAUUCUAGAAACAGGAAAGGGAACGAUGACAAUGGGCGUGACGAGCUCAAGGUGCGAGCGACCGGUCCCGACAGCUGCGACGGCACGAAUGUUUAUGCUGCUCUGACCAAAGAAACUUACGACCCUGACCACACCUACAAAAACACCAUGAGACUCUACUGCGAGGGAUUGCCAAGCGAGCAAGGCGAGGCCGCGGCAUCUGCGAUCGCAGACGCAUGGGUGCGAAUGGGGUACGGACAGCGCAAUGCAUACACAGUGUAUGAUACUGUGACUGGACGCGUGGCCGUUCGAGGAGUCAUUGACAUCAUCCCGCCCUAUGAGAACCCGCUUGAGUGUCCUGCGGAAAUCCCCGGUGACUUGGACGGAUGCACGUGUGUUAACUGCUAA